AUGGAACCUAGAAGCGUAAACCAAAGACAUACUCGAGGCUUUAAACGGCCCUUCAAUGUUAGCAGUAGUGAAGGUGAUAGUUCCCCGUUUAGCCGCUUUCAUAACGGAAGAGGACGUGGUGGUAGUGCAGGUCGAUGCCCACCUUUCUCUAAGCGCGGCCGGUUGGAUGAAUACAGGCCACAGGUAGCAGAAGAAACUAUACCUCAUAAUACUUCUCAAGAGACUCCUGUUAAUAGGCUCAAGGGAAGAAAUACGCGCCCUGUUCGAAACAAUACUCACAAAAAAGGCCAGGAUGUGGUGGUAAUUCUUGAAAAGGCAGGUCUACUGCUUGGAAACGUCGGUCUUGUGGACGCCUAUGAGCGUGCAGCGACAACAGAAAUCACGAAUGCUUCCCUACGGGAGGUUCGUCCAGAUAUUGUGCAUCAAUGCCUUCUUGCUCUUUGUGACUCCAAUCUGGCGCAUGAACAUCGCCUUCGAAUUUAUAUUAGCAUGUUUAGCUGUAAUGGAAAGGUAAUCGAAGUUUCCCCAGCACUGCGCCCACCCCGAACGUAUGCGCGUUUUCGAGGACUAAUGGCAGCGCUUCUGCGGGAUGGGCGGGUGACGUCUACCAAUGAUGAGGUACUGAUGCGCGUGAUGCCUGGUUCCAUUGCGCCUAUUAUUCCUCAUGGGGCUGAUGUCAUUGGGGUCUGCAAUGGACUUACAGCACCCGUUGUGACCGCAUCGCGCUUGGCAGAGGAGGCCAUCACCAACCCAGUUGACGAUGCCCUUCAAGGUGGUGUGAAGAACGUAGCAUCAUUUUUUUGCAUCCCUUGCACGGAUGACUGUAGCUUGGAUGGGAUAGAUUAUGUAACGCGAACAGUGUGUCUUUCGGCUUAUCCCACGACGUCCCACGUAAUGUGCGCACGUAUCUGUGAAGGGUUUAUGCGAAUGUGGUCUCGCUCAAAGGGGGGUGAAUGCACUGUGGAAAAUAGUUGA